AUGCCGAGAUCGAAAAUAGGCAACAAAAAGAGCAAGCGUGUGGCUUGCGGCAAACGUUACAAAAUAGAAAAAAAGGUCAGGCAGCACAAUAAAAAGUUGAAAAAACUGAAGGAUGCCAAACUCAAAAAAGGACCAACAAGUUCAAAAAAAAAGGAUCCUGGAGUGCCCAACAGUUGUCCAUUUAAGGAAGAAAUUUUGAGGGAGGCGCAGAAAAGACGGGAUUUGAAAGAAGAGGAACGAUUGAAGAGGAAAGAGCAGAGAAAGAAGGAGAGAGAAAAGACGGUGAUGAAACAUAGGAACAUUGAAUCGCUGAUCGGUGAUGUUGAGAAAAAAACUGCCAUCUAUGAGAAGAAAAAUGAAUUCAUGUCAGAAAAUGCCUCCAAGAUAAGUGGCAAGAAUGUGGAGUCAUCUUUGAAAUCUUUCUACAAAGAAGUUAAAUAUGUGAUUGACAGCAGUGACGUCGUUAUAGAGGUGUUGGACAGUAGAGACCCGCUUGGAAGUAGGUGUCGCCAGUUGGAGGAGGCCGUCCUAGCCUGUGGCUCCAACAAACGAUUGGUUCUCUUGCUUAAUAAGAUUGACCUCGUGCCACAAGAAAAUGUUGAAAAGUGGUUGAAGUACCUAAGGAAUGAAUUUCCAACUAUUCCUUUCAAAGCAUGUACACAGAACCAAUCGCAUAAACUGGGUCGUAUCCACACCCCAAUUCAGUUGGUAAAGGAUGACGUGCGAAGGUCAUCGCAGUGCUUGGGCUCCGACCUUUUGAUCGCCAUGCUAAACACUUACUGCAGGAAUAAGAAUAUUAAGACGUCGAUCACAAUUGGGAUUGUCGGUUUCCCAAACACCGGAAAGUCCUCCAUCAUCAACAGCCUCAAAAGGACCAAAGCCUGCAAUGUGGGGUCAACUCCCGGGGUCACGAGAUCGUCUCAGGCAGUGCAACUGGACAAGUACAUAAAGUUACUGGACAGUCCUGGCGUCGUCAUGGCAACCAAUGCCAGCAGACCAGAGGACCUCGUUCUCAGAAACUGUGUCAAGUUAGAGUCUUUGGCCGAUCCCAUCCCGACCGUGUCUGCAAUCCUAAACAGAUGCAACAAGCAGCAGCUGAUGUUGCUCUACACACUCCCUGACUUCAAAGACAUCAAUGAGUUUCUUCAGCUUGUCGCCAAACGAUAUGGACUGCUUAAGAAAGGAGGCUUGCUAGAUACUACAAAAGCUGCCAAGAUUAUCAUUAAAGAUUGGAAUGGAGGCAAGAUACGUUACUACACUGAGCCACCAGAGCAGUACAAUCCAUCCAAUCACAUAAGUCUGGAGAUAGUUUCUGAGAUGAGUAGGGAAUUUAACAUUGAUGAUUUACUGAAGAGCCAUGAAGAUAGCAUUAUGCAAGAUCUUCAGAAUCCAGCAGACGAGUUCGACACCGUCCUACCCACAACAUCCCAACUCAGUGAUGGCGACAUUUUGUCGUCUGCUGCUGCUACUGCUGCUGCUUCAGCUGCUUCAAAUAAAAAUAAUAACGACGAUGACGAUGAUAGCGGUGCUGAUGAUAUGGGAGAUGGUGAGGUGGAUGUGGAUGAGGAAAUGGAAGAUGAUGAGGAAGAGGAAGAGAUUGAAAAGGAGAGUCGACAAAAAAAAACAAGAGGCAAGAGCAAAGUUAGGAGGGAUGAUGUCACGGGUCUGUCGAAACUGGAGGUGCAACUGCAUGGCAAUCGCAACUUCAACAAAGAGAAGAAGAAGGCCUUCAAAAGUGCCAGGAAGCUUAAAAAGAAAACCGACAAACUGGCCGAUUCAUUGGUGAGCAAAUUAACAACAUCAGAAGAUUAUGACUUCAACGAACAUUUUUAAAUUUUCUCGAUACAAUAAUCAUUUCAACGUUGUUUCACUCUGUGAUUGUCAUUUUAAAUUAUUUUACGGUUUUCUCAAUUUAAAAAAAAAAAUGUUUAAAAAACAAA